AGUAAAGCAAGUACACAACGCUGGCUGUGGUCGCACGUGGGUACGCAAGUUUCUAAGAGUAAUGUGGUUUGGCCCGCUGAAUUAGAAACAUGUCGAAGAGGCAGAUAGCCAUGCUAGAAGAAAAUACUGGUUCUGGAGUGCAACUCGAGAAGAAGGAGGUUCAUGAUUCACCGCCGGAGACCAGACAGACCCGCAGCGGCCGCAAAGUGCGCACUCCUGCAGCACUUCUGGACUCCGAAGCCCCAGUGAGGACCCCCAGCCGGAGGACCAGAAGUUCCGUCCUCCAGGAGCUGCCGAAUGUAGAAAAGAAAAUUACGGAGGAACCAGUGCAGAAACUAGAGAGUCUGGUCGAGGAGAAGCUCGAUAUCCCGGUAUAUCCGGAGUCGGUGGUCGUUAAUGUGUCAGAGCAAGCGGCGCCGCACGCGCAGGCUGCAGCAGAUCCAGACGUAGGCGCUGUUAACGGCAGCGAAGACGUUCACGUGGUCGGGCCUGCAACAGCAGAAACGGCGCCCGAGAGUAUCGCCGCCCCAAAGAAGAAGCGUCGUUUGGGUUCAAGUGGAAAACAAGGUCCGGUCAUUCCGCUGGGAAAACCCAAAUCCGGCCGCGUGUGGAAGGACCGCAACAAGCAGAGGUUCUCUGCAAUGGUAAGAGACAAACCGUUGUGCUCUUCAUGGGAAAAGAAGAUGGAGGCCAAACGGGACAAGGAUCUGGUGAAACGGUAUACCUUGAAGCUCAAAGAUGAUAAAAUGAAACAGAGAGAGGAAAAGAGGAAAAGGAGAGAGGACAACUUGAAACGCCGCGCAGAGAACGAACGGAAAUCAGAGAUUGUGCAAGUGAUCACAAACACAGCAAAGAUCAAGAGGAUGAAGAAGAAACAGCUCAGGAAAAUUGAGAAGAGAGACACGCUGGCUCUGCUGCAGAAGACACAGAAGCAGCGCGUCAAAGGGCCAAAAAGUCAGAAGGUUGACCCAGAUUUGAUCUAAAGACUGAGAUAAUAAAAAUUACUGUUUAUAACUUGGCCUACAUGUUUUCUAUGUGGACGACUGAAAUACAGUAAGCACAUUUAUAUGGGAGUUAAAAUAGCUCAAAUGAAUUUUGCACAAUAGGUGAGGUUGUUGUUCAUGUUGCGCUGAGGUGACCAUCAACAUACAGUUAAGAACCAACCUUUUCUGUUAACUUCUUUUUCUGGCAUUUUAAGUAUCCUAUUGCUUUUUCCAAUUGUUCUGUUAAUUUCCCAAAGCCUGUAAAACAUCCCACAUUACCAAUCUUGGUUUCAAGUGAUUUGUUUAAUACCCUACUAGUAUACUUUUUCAUGAUAUUCUAAUAUUUAGAGAGGAUAUUUGAGUUUUCUUAAGCUGUAAGCCAUAAUCAGCAAUAUUAAAAGAAUAAAAGGCUUGCAAUAUUUCAGUUGAUUUGUAAUGAAUCCAGAAUGCAUGACAUUUUUGGUUUUUUAAUUGCAUUACAGAAAAUAAAGAACUUCAUCACAAUAUUCUAAUUUUCUGAGACAGUCCUAGAUGGCCUGGUGACAGCGUCCCGCAACCCCAAAAAAGAAUGAGUGGUUUGGAGAAUAGAUGGAUGAAUCACAUGAGUUUUUUACGUCAACUUCUGUUUUCAAAGUAAAGGACUAUCAAUACUAUUUUUAAAUGAUGAGAUUGGUGCUGGGAAAUCGGUUUGAGCUGAAACAAUUAUUUGAUAAUUUUUUUUCUUUUUAUCAUCCAUAUAUUCACAAGCGCCUCAAAUUUGAGGUUUAGAGUGUUGUUUCCCUUAUAUUCACUGCCCUUAAGUGUUUGGGGUCACUCGCCACCAAAGCUUGGUCCACUAGCAGGUCUGUCAAACUCAUUUUCACUGUCAUCAUGGCUGCCCUCAAAGGGCAGUAACACUGUAUAUUGUAACUAUACCCCCGAUAAUAUUCUUAAAUAAAUGCAUUAUUGCUUUCGA